CUUCGCCUUUCUACUGUUCCAUUUCUCUUCACUUCAAUCGUAUAUGGCCGAAGAAUUCCAGGAAUCCGAAGUGAUUUUCUCCGAUCUCGACCACCGCCGUUACCUCCACCGUGCCGACGACGACGAUUGCGGCGAGGAUUUCUUUAACUUCAACGGCCGCGGAGGAAUGGUUGUAGCGCCGCGAAAUAAGUAUCAACAGCGGACGGUGCGCGAUGGUGGACGGCUGUCGAAGAAGGUAAUGGCGAGUUCGCUUCCGGUAGGGAUUCCGGAAAGAAACCGACGGAGGACGACGGAGGAAGAGGAUGAAAUGGACGAAGAGGAAAUGAUUCCGCCGCAUGUGGUGGCGGAGAGGCGAAUGGCAGGGAAAAUGGCGUUCUCUGUUUGUACUGGGAAUGGAAGGACGCUGAAAGGACGAGAUUUGAGACGAGUAAGGAAUUCGAUCCUUCGGAUGACCGGAUUCUUAGAAACGUGAUCGGAAUGAGGACGGUAAUCGAAUCUCUGAUGAAUUUCUAGAUAGAUACACAAAUUCGGAAGCGGAAAAUCAAACCGCGACGAACGCUAAAAGGCUUCUUCGCUCUGCUUCUCCUCGAUCAAAUUAAAUUAUAAUUUGGGGAUUCGUUGUUGGUGAAAUGAUCGAUUUUACCAAAUAAUCAAAAUUGAAAGUUGUAUUUUCAUUUUCUUACAGAAAAAAAAAAUGAUGAGUUUAUGAAAUUUUUGAGGGAGGGAUUUGGUUUCG